AUGCGGUGGCUCGGUCAAUUGGAUGUCUUCCCAAAGUUUGACACGAAAUUUGAACAGGACGCACGGCAACGAACGGCGAUUGGCGGCAUCUUUUCGCUGCUCUCACUCCUCAUCAUUGCGGUCCUUGUCAUUGGGGAGGUACGGUACUUUUUCUCCACCGUCGAGCAGCACGAGAUGUACGUUGACCCAGACAUCGGCGGCACGAUGGAGAUCACCGUGAACAUCACGUUCCCGCGUGUGCCGUGCGAUCUCAUCACCGCAGAUGCCAUUGACGCCUUUGGCACAUUUGCGGAAGGGGUGGAGCGCGACACCGUCAAGUCUCGUGUAGCUGCCUCAACGCUGGAGAAAAUCAGCGAGGCACGUCCGCUAGUGGAUGAGAAGAAGAAAAUAACAAAGGCCCUUGACCCCAGCGGCGCGGAGAAGGAAAACUGCCCGAGUUGCUACGGAGCGGAACCAGAGCCGGGGGCUUGCUGCCACACCUGUGAAGAUGUUCGCCGCGCGUAUUCCCUGCGGAGGUGGGUAUUUAAUGAGGAUGACGUCAGCGUGGAGCAGUGUGCGGAGGAACGCCUACGGAAAGCGGCUAUUUUGAGUAGCCAGGAGGGGUGCAAUUUGUUUGUUAAUUACAAAGUUGCACGGGUGACUGGAAACAUCCAUUUCGUGCCGGGACGCAUGUUCAACUUGAUGGGCCAACACCUGCAUGACUUUAGAGGAAAAACAGUGCGUCAGCUGAAUCUCAGUCAUAUUGUGCACACCCUCGGCUUUGGUGAGCGAUUCCCCGGGCAGGUGAAUCCAAUGGACGGCCUAGUGAACUUACGGGGCGCCGUUGACGCAACGGAGGAGGUAAACGGUCGCUUUAGUUACUUUGUGAAGGUCGUCCCGACGCAGUACCAAUCGGCCUCCAUUCUUGGCGUUGGCAGUGUGGUGGAGUCCAACCAGUACUCCGUCACACAUCAUUUUACCCCCAGCCCGAGCGCGGAGUUGAGUGCGGCGGCAGCAGAGUCAUCCCCAGUGAUGGUGCCAGGAGUGUUCAUAACGUAUGAUUUGUCACCCAUUAAAGUUUUUGUGUUUGAGAAGCACCCGUACUCUUCGGUGCUGCAUCUCGUGCUGCAGCUCUGCGCGGUGGGGGGCGGGGUGUUCACUGUGGCCGGCCUGGUGGACUCCGUCAUCUUCCACGGCGUCCGCCGCGUGCAGCGCAAGAUGCAGCAGGGAAAACAGUCCUGA